AUGCUGUUCCCCACGCCUUCCCCGCGACGCGGACGAUCCAUCCAAAAUCUCCAUACUGCCUUGCUUAAACACGUCGCCGAAGAUUUGCGGGAACAGCUGCCCAAGCCUAGUCUGUGCCUAGUCAAGCAGGAUAACUACGAUAUCCUUGUUUCUGAACUCUCGGCCGCUGCCCGCAUCCUGAGCAUCCUCAAAUUGAAGGACGUCACCCUUGGACGCGUUACCCCCAACGUCGACCAGGAAAAUCCCCAUGCCUUCAACUGCAACCCCAGCACUUGGCAGACCGUCGUUCAGGUAUACCGAGACCGAGAACUCACGGGGACCGCCACCGGUGUUGCCUGCGCUGUCAAGUAUUACCGUGCACACGGACUCGAGAAACUUAUGGCUCUGAAGAUGAACGCCAUGCAGGAGUACGCAGCCUCCUUGUCGGAGGAACAGAUCAUUCAUUCCACUCUAAAUUGCGGAGAGUCAAGCUGA